CACCGCGGAGUCCUCACGCUUGGGUUCUUGGCUGUGCACCUUGCAUGACCAGCAUACAUGAGUAGAUGUGAAGUUUAGCUCCACACAAGCUCCCCCCGAAUCCUCAGCCUUCAGGGGCCAGCUGUAAGUGGGGAAGUCACCGCUCAGUGCAGGCUGAGGCUGUGUGCCUGCCCAGGAGUCAGGAAGCCAAAACAGGGUCUCGGAGCCUGCUUGCCAGUUACAGGCCUGCUGCGAGGCAGCACUGCAGGCCUCCCAGCGGUUACACAGCAGAGAGGCGCUGAGUAACCUCUGCCUGCCCUCACAUCACGCAGGGAGAGGAGGGCCUCUGUUCCUCCCAACACCACUGGCCUCCUCUGUCUUGAAAGACUGUCGUCUGGGCAGCCCCAUGACCUCCCGGAGCGGAGGUGGUUUUAUUUAAGGCUGCUGUGUGUGCACAGGGCAGCCAGAACAGAAAGCCACGAAGAAGCUGUCACUGGCCAAAACCCAGAGGAAGCCCUAAGCUCUGCUAAUUCUGUCUGCGUCACUGUGGAUGGCAUUCCAGGCCCUCCUAGAGCUCCAGCUGUCCAACCAGAGCCAGCGGCCCAGUCCCAACACCACGUCCUGUGAUGCUGUUCCUGAAGCCUGGGACGUGCUCUACAGAGCGCUGCCGAUGUUCAUCCUCACCAUCUGUGCCUUCGGCCUCCUGGGAAACAUCUUGGUCCUGUCCCUCCUCUUGCUGCCCAGGCAGAGGCUGAAGGUGGCAGAAAUCUACCUGGUUAAUCUGGCGGCUUCUGACCUCGUGUUUGUCUCGGGUCUGCCCUUCUGGGCAGAGAACAUCUGGAGCAGAUUCAACUGGCCCUUUGGAGCCGUCCUCUGCAGUGUCAUCAACGGGGUCAUCAAAGCCCAUCUGUUCAUCAGCAUCUUCCUGGUGGUGGCCAUCAGUCAGGACAGAUAUAGGGUGCUGGUGCACCCCAUGGGCAGCUGGGGGCGCCGGCGGCGGUGGCACGCCCGGGCCAUCUGUCUGCUCAUCUGGGUGACAGGGGGCCUCUUGAGCACCCCCACGUUCCUGCUGCGAUCCGUUGAAGCCAUCCCCGAUCUGAACAUCUCCGCCUGCAUCCUGCUGUUUCCCCACGAGGCCUGGCACUUUGCGAGGAUGGUGGAGUUAAACGUUCUGGGCUUCCUGCUCCCACUGGCUGCCAUCUGCUUCUUCAACUACCACAUCCUGGCCUCCCUGCGAGGGCGGGAAGAGGUGAGCAGGAGCCAGUGUGGAGGCCCCAAGGGCAGCAGGACCACGGCGCUGAUCUUCACACUCGUGGCUGCCUUCCUGGUGUGCUGGGCCCCCUACCACUUCUUCGCCUUUCUGGAGUUCCUGUUCCAUGUGCGCGCCAUCCAGGGCUGCUUCUGGGAGGAGGUCACCGACCUGGGCCUGCAGCUGGCCAACUUCUUUGCUUUCACCAACAGCUGCGUGAACCCAGUGAUUUAUGUCUUUGUGGGCCGUCCCUUCAGGACCAAGAUCUGGGCGCUUUAUAAGCAAUGCACCCCUAGAAGUCGCACUCCCAUGUCCUGGUCCCACAGGAAAGAAAUCCUCCAGCUCUUCUGGAGGAGUUAAAACAGCAGUGCCACAGGAAGCCCAGCAUCCUGUUGCUUCUUUCUGACAUCAUAAAGACUACUGUAGGAGGCUAAAUAAUAGCUGCUAAAGAUACCCAGGACCUGGUCCGGGAGCCUGUGAAUGCACUCUGUGGGGUAAUGAGGACUUUACAGACUUCCAAAUGAGAAGCGAUCCUGGGUUGUCUGGGGACCAAUAAGAUCAGAAGGAUCUUUAUCGGAAGGCAGCAGGAAGGACAGAGUCAGAGACAGGAGGACAGAAGCCUGGGUCUGAGAGACACAAGUGGCUAGGAGUCACGGUUUUCAUGCGUCCUCUAGUGGCAGGAAAAGGCAGGGCACCUGAUUCUCCCCGGUGCUUCAGGGAACCACCAGCCCUGCAGACAGCCUGACUUGAACCCUGAUCUCUACAACUGUAAGA